AAACUUUGAACAAAACAAACCUCUUCAAAAUCUCACUCAAAAAAAAAAAUGAGAGCUUCUCUCAUGCGAACCGGUUCAAUCCCGGUCCACACCGGUUCACCUCGAAUUUCCCUCUCCCGCCAAGCUUCCUUCACCGCCGGCGACAAGAACCACCACAUCCAAUCACCAAAGCUUUCACUACAUUUCCACUCCACCGACAACCAUUCCAACGGGAUCAACAGAUCUUUAUCAGAAACCGCAGCGAUUCGUUCACCGAUCGAGAAUUUAAGCUUUUCAAAGAAUCUAAACCGAAUCGGAUCGCAAUAUUUUCCGUUACAGGAUACUGGAUUCGGCGGUGGAAGUGAUCACGGUGACACGACAGUUACCACCGGUGGAAAUGGCGGCGAUAGGAUUAAAAUCGGCGCGUAUUAUGAGGAAAUGUUGAAGUCAAAUCCAACGGACGCGCUUUUGCUUAGAAAUUACGGGAAAUUUCUUCACGAGGUGGAGAAGAAUAUGGUGAGAGCAGAGGAAUAUUAUGGAAGAGCGAUUCUAGCGAAUCCUGAAGAUGGUGAAUUGCUUUCUCUUUAUGGGAAGUUGAUUUGGGAAACUAAUAGAGAUGAAGAAAGAGCUAAAUCUUACUUUGAUCAAGCAAUUCAUGUUGCUCCUGAUGAUAGCACGGUGUUGGGAUCCUAUGCCCACUUCAUGUGGGAGGCGGAAGAGGAGGAAGAUGAGGUGGUGGUUAAUGGUGGAAGAAUAACGGAAGAAUCAAUGUCAACGUUGAUCGGUGCUUUUUAAUUGAGGCUCAGUGCAUGUUUGGAUGACCAGUGAAUUUGACGAAAUAAUGUGACUUCCUUAAGUUAUAGUAAAACUUAAUUUUGUUAAAGUUGUGUACCGAUAUGUCCCAUUCAGUCAUACUCACUAUUAGUCCAAACAUGCAUUCAUGAGAAUGUGACUUGUAUGUUACUACUAGUAUAUAGUUAUAAUUAACCGGGGUAGAAUGCGAAAGGUUGUAACAACAAUAAUAAUGGCCUUAUUCUCUUUUGUCGGAUGCGUCUAAUUAACUAGAAACUCCGAGAAACUACCUACCCUAACCCUAGUAGAAGAGAGAGACCGAAAACAACCUUUGUGUAUUGUUUUUUCCUACUUGUUUUGUUUCUGAUCUAAUGGCCGUAACAUGUAAUGUAACUUCUUUUUUGGAACACAUGCAAUGUAACUAUAUGUAAAUCUACAUUUAACUAUUGAUAUAUAAGUAUAUAUAACGGUAUAUGGAUUAUAA